CGGCAGGCCAUUUUUAUUGAAAACACUUCCGAGUUACAUAUCGUGCGCGACUUUUUUCGGACGCAAUCCUUACAUCCUUGACUUUUUUUAAUAGUUUUAAAUUAUCCAACAUAUUUAUUAUAAUUGGCUCGGAAAAAGUGACGCAAAUCAAUGAUGAUUUUUAUUGUAACUUUAUUAUAUUUUGGGAGUGUUUGAAAAGUGUUAUUUUGAUUGAAAAAUAUAAGUGCGCCCCGCGGUCUAUUUUCCAUUCGGUGUCGAGUUCGUACGGUUGCGAAAAGUGGCGAAGUUCGGUCAUCUCCGGCGGUGAUCGCAACAACGGAGGCGCUUUAUCCACCCCGCCCGUGAGCAAGGGAGAUAGAAAACUCUGCUGACAUGGCGACAGUGCGAAUGGACUAAUGUUUUUCACGUGGAAAACUCAUCCCUUGAACAAACAAUCAUAAAGGUCCUCUCGCGCCCGUCACACAAAAGCACUAUGAGAAAAUAAAAAUGGCUUCAAAGUAAACACUAUCCAUUGUUAAAGUUUUGUUGUAUUAUUCACGGAACAAGAGAGAAUACUUAUGUAUACACAGAGAUAUUGUUGAUAUAUAUAGCUCUUAAGCCUGAGUGGUAUUAAUUAUAUCUUCCAAAGAAAUAAUACUGAUUAAAGAUGGCUACGCAAAGAUUUUGUUUGAGGUGGAACAACCACCAGUCAAAUAUGCUGUCCGUAUUUGAUCAACUAUUACAUGCAGAGACGUUUACCGAUGUGACACUGGCUGUCGAUGGCCAAUUGCUUAAAGCACACAAAAUGGUUUUAUCGGCUUGUAGCCCAUACUUUCAAGCCCUUUUCGUAAAUCACCAAGAGAAACAUCCUAUUGUUAUACUAAAAGAUGUACCUUAUUCAGACAUGAAAAGCUUGUUGGACUUCAUGUACCGAGGAGAAGUAAGUGUUGAUCAAGAACGGCUUACGGCAUUUUUAAAAGUAGCUGAAAGCCUAAGAAUAAAAGGCCUUACGGAAGUAAAUGAGGAGAAAUGCGAUAUUCCAGCGCUUACAAAUUCACUUAUACAACAACAACAAACUAAUAACUCUGCGCAUACACCACCACCGCAAUUGCAUAGAAUACAUCCUUACAUGCAUCAAAAAAGGCCCGCGUCGGGAAUUCCAAGUGGAGGUGCCCCUCCAAACUUGCUCAUGCCUUUAUUGGGUAAUGCAUUAAUGCAACCGAAGAGGAAAAGGGGUCGACCAAGGAAGCUGAGUGGAAGUUCGAGUGAUGCUUUAAAUACCGCCGCCAGUCCCCCAGGAGAGUUCAUCCCAGAAUCAGCAUCCCACGCUUCAUCAAACAGAGCUGGAGACCAGUUGAUAAGAGGCUCACCUGAAAUGCUAGAGGUCAAGAUGUCGAUGGACGGUUUCAACCCAGAAGAUGGGACAACUUCGGGUGGCGAGGAUGGAGGGGAGGCUCUCAUGAUAGAUGAAGGCGAUGAUGCUCAAUCCAACGAGGCACCGAAUUCAGGCAAAGACUCCGAAUCUGCAGAUACCGCAAAAGUACCCAAAGAGGAAACACAACCAAAUUAUCCGUCAAACGGUCCCGUGCUUUCUAUCGAAAAUGGAUCAAUUAAACAAGAAACUGUUACGGAAGGCACAGACGAAUACAACGAACCCAUAGAGUAUAAAUAUAAUCCAGACAGAAGCCGAGAAAAUUCUAAUUCACGAGACGGCCCGUUGAAAGAUACAGAUGAUAAAAACAGGCUAGGUCGUAACUUAAAACCAAAGAAUAGUAAAAAAAUACUUCCUCAAAUGUCAAAAUUUAGAGCUCGAACUCUGUUCAAUCAACUCUCUGGCUUAUCUAAUUUGAAUCCUGCUCUGAAUAGCUUUGAUAAAUUCCCUCCUGAAACUGUUCUUAUGCCAGCCCUUGCCACUCAAUUAUUUGCGGCAGAGUUGGAACAAAACAACCUCAAUAUGGCUAACAACGAAGUGGCAGACUUAUCCCAAACUAAUUGGGAACAUCGCAUAUUUCCUUCUCCAAUUAGGAAGAAUAACAUAGGCAAUGUCGGCAACUAUCAUGAGGAAACUAACGAGUCGGUGCGGGAUUACUGCAUUAAGGAAGGCGAGAAUGUAUUCAGAUGCAAAAUAUGUGCGAGGGUAUAUACUCACAUAAGCAAUUUCUGUCGACACUAUGUCACUUCUCACAAAAAAGACGUUAAAGUCUUCCCUUGCCCCAUUUGCUUCAAAGAAUUCACCCGCAAAGACAACAUGAUCGCACAUUUAAAAAUAAUACACAAAAAUCAACCGAAUGCCAAUGAGCAAACGGCUAAGCAAGAGUCUUAAUUAUUUGUACGGAAAAUUAUACUCAUGUUACUUACACGAUUAGACGAAAAGAUCUGAUUUUAUGUGUAAGUUAUAUUAAAUUUUGUCUGAUAAAAUAGAAUUUGAUCGAGUAAAACGUGUAGUUUGCAAUCGUGUAGGAGUUCGAGCUCUAAGUUUCACCUCUAUCAAUAAGUUUGUUGAUAUUUUGAACGACGUUGAUCGUUCGUUGUUAUAUUUAUCUAUUUAUUUAUGUUGUUCCAUUUGUUUCUUAGAGUGCUGAACUUCAAAGAGAUUUUAACAAAUUUUGUAAUUUACUUGUUAUUUUGCACUCACUUGUUACUUAAUUUUAUUACUUACAAACUUUCAGGGUACAAAGUAACUACUCAUAGUGAUCGUUUAAUCAAAACGUAGUUUAUUCGAUUACAUGCAAUUCUCAUUGAACUGAAUUAGUUAGUGUAGAUUAGAAUUUACUUUACGAGUAUACCAAUGGCGGAGCCUUUUUGUAAAUUAUAAAUUAUAUGAUAUUUAUUAAGCGGUAUAUUAAAAGUAACACUACAGAGGCUAUAAUCCUUACAAAAAGGCUAAUAUCGCCAUUAUAAUAUAGUAGUGGUGUGAAAUGCAUUUUCAUUAAUUAACUUGCCUUUUAGUGAUCUUAGUUAUAAUAUACAUUAAAGAACUUCUCUGAAGUUAUAACUCAAUGUGGGCUAUGAUUUUAAUUUCUAGGUUUGUUAAGAUUAAUUUAAAAUAGUUUAUCGAUGUUGGAAGGUUUGGUUGUAAAUGUUAUUCUGUCAAAAUAAAUGCAGCACGGUUGCUAAUAGUUGAAUAACACUACACUAACCUCAUUGAAACAAGUAUAUAGCAUUGAUACAGUUCCUUGAUAUGUUGCAGCUAUUAAUCUUUAUUAUAUCGAAAAUUAAAAAACCUAUGCUAAAUAGGGUGAUGUUUAUUCUUUUUUUUCCGUUUAAGGAAUGAGUAUAUGUUAAAGACAAUACCUAUCAUAAAACUAAAGUAGAAAUGUUUAUACUACCUAUAUAAAAUAACGAACAUACCAUUAUUAUUAUAUUGACAUGUAUAUAUCCUUAAAAUAUCUAGCAAAGAGUAUAUAUAAUAUGUUAAAAAAGAAGAUUAUUUGAAAUGUAUAAAAUAAAAAUUGUUAUUACUUGUAACGACACAACUUCACGUUGUUGUUAAAGUGAUGUUAGCAAGGUGCUUUGGAAAAGGUUUAAAUACAGGAACCAUGAGAUGAUUUGUAAAUUCUAUUUAAUUAGAUGUCAAAUUGCCUUAAAUUUAAAUUAAGGGAUCGUACUUAUAAUUUGGUUAUAUUUAGAUGCAAUUGUAGUCUUCCAAACCGGUAGCGAACACGUCGUCUUAGUUCAAUUAUUUACAAGAUACUUACAAAAAACAAAUAGGUACCUACUGAAAUUAUUGAUUAUUUGUCUUUAUCAGUCGGAUGUUUUACCCAGAACGAUACGUUAAAUUUUGUAAUUUGUAGGUCCAGGGAACGCUUGCCUAUUAGUGUGCCUUUACUUGUUAUAUUAAUAAGUUAAUUCGACUACUAGUUGACUAAGAAAUUUCAAAGAAUAUUGUGUAUAAUUGUUUAUUUUCAUUAUUCAAAGUUUACAAUCUAUUUUAAGAAGCUUCCUUAGGAUUAUAGAAACCUUUAGGCCCAAGUAGUUAAAUAUUUGUAGGAAAUUAGGACUGUCAUCUCAUGUUUCCCACUUUACUCGAAAUUAAAAAAGGAUAUAUGAAUAAAAACGAUUUAUAAUAUUUUUAACAGGGCGAUUUCGCCUGCUUAAUCGUUGUUAAGACUGUUAAAUUCAUUAAACAUUAAAUAACGAAUUUAUUGUACCCUUCAUAAAUUUAUAAGAAAAAAUUUAUCUUGGAAAUUGGAUAGGUACUUAAUGAUGAAAAUUAGUAAUAUUUGAAUGAGAGGCUAAUGAAGUUUAGUAUCUACUUACAAUAGUCAAUUUAGCCAGUGCCUAAACUUAAAUUUUCGGAAACUUAAAAUCGUAGAACUUUCUUUUUAAAUGUCUAAUGUUUGAAUCUGAAUCCCUUCAUAGAGUUCCUUACAUAUAUUGCAUUGUAUACAUUAAUUUAUUAUUGUAGGUUCUGUAACAAACUCGUAUCCAUCAAUUAUUUAUUUUUAAACAAGUUAAUUUCAAAUGUUAAUAUUGAUUGAAAUUUAUUUAUUUAUAUAAAUGCUAUAUCAUCAAUUGGUGCUAAAUUAAACUUAAGAAAUGUCGCAUAUAAUGUGAUGUUAUAAAUGAUGUCCCUAAACAAAAUGUUAUUUGUUGAUAAUGUUAUUUUCAAAUAUAUCUAUGUACGCUGCCCUAGUUUGUUAAUUUUAAAAUUAACUCUACGAAAUGGGGCCCUUCUGUGAAACUAGAAUGAAUGUAUAGUAUAUUUAUUUACAAAGAUAUCUAUUUAUUUUCAAACUGUUACUUGCUAUCGUUAUGUAAUAUAUUAGAGUAUAUCACGACAUAUUCACGAUUCAUAUAUAGACUUAUCUUGAGCAAAUACUAAAGUAAUAUUUAUGCUUCUUAAAGAUUAUUAAUUAUAUCGAUAAUAUUUCAAAUUUUAAUGAAAAUAGUAGAGAGUAUGUAUUUAAAUUUGCAUCAAAUACAAUAUUGUGUACCUAUUUACGAUGCUAUAAUAGUUACUGUUAUUUCCUUUUACUCUAAGUAAAGCUUAUGAAAUCUACAUUACUUAGCUGGCGUAGAGAGGUGUUAUGUAUUAGUUUGUUGCGAUUCGCAGUGUUUUGCGGGAACACAGAUACACUCAACUAUGAUAUAUUUUAUGCAAACAAUAUUAUGUAACUGUUCUAAUAAUACAGAAAUAUAUGCACAUAUUUUUUUUAUAUAAAUAAAUAUAUAUUUGAAAACUAUGACAUCGUGCGCAGGCACGCCUAACUAAAUAAGGAACAAUAACGUGCAAAUAUAAAUGUUGUAAUAAAAAUAACUUAUUAUGAAUUUGGGAACAGACGAUCAUAAUGUUUUGUUAUAACUCUUCAAUUCGAAAAUGUAAUAAAAUAUUUAUAUUUACACCUCUCUUUAACAUAUACAUAGAUUUUAAAAUAUGGGUUUAAAUUAAUACAAAUUAUUAUAUUAUAUUCAAUAAUAGAAGUUAGCCAAAUGUUGAUUCCAUAUUUUUUGUUAUGUGCACAUAGACAAUAGUGAAGGCAAACUGUAAUAAAUUUAGAAAGAUUUAGAUUUGAAAGUUACACGAAUAGCAUUAUUUGUUAAUAUAACAAAAUACAAUCGUAUACAAUAAUAUGUUAAUUACUAUUUUUAGAAUCUUUAAAAAAAUAAAAGUUACAUCAAAAGAGAGUUAAUUUUUACUUAAUGUUAUUUUUUUAUUUUAUUUUCUUCGUUACUGUUUGUUUUAUACCUCUUUAUUUAUUACGUGGUUCACUCUUAUUCGAUGUUGAUUUUUUCUUUGUGAAGUUUAAGUACUUAUAUUAUAUUAACUGUCUUAUCUAUGUACCUACUUUGUUUAUUGUUUUAUAAAAGAUUUGCUACUGUUCAUUGUCCCUAUCGUAUUGGUUAUUAUAAAUCAUAAAUCAACGGCACCAUGGUUUAACCUCUGUGUAAGUGUAUCUUACUGGUGAUAUCAGCAACGAUGCUAUUAACAAUUAAUUCAUUCUUUUAUAAUAAAUAAAUAUAUAAUAGUAGCAAAGUAACAACACGGGUUAUUAGUAAAGAUUAGAAUAAGUUAUUUAUAAUAUAUUAUAGUUUUAAAUUGUGUUGUAAAAAAGGAGUGAAUUUUCUAUUCUGUAGAAAAAUAGUAGUCACGAAGAGAGGACUGAUCAGGUAGGUAACGUUAUCAUUAAAUUGAUACUUCUCUCACGUUUUGUAGAUGGUGUGGUUAGAGCUAGGAUUUAUGUUUAAAAUGCUUUCAAUGUUGCUCAAAUUUACGCUAUGCGAGAACAAAGUAUUUUUGGUUCAGUACAAAUUGUUGCUUGUAUCCCUUAAAUCCAUGGACAAUUAGUUUCAUUUAUACUUUAUAUGUUAUUUUAUUCUAUGACAUUAUAAUUAACUUUUUUAUAAUUAAAAGUCUCAAAAGGCAGCUACAUCAUUUUAAGCUUAAUGCAAAAUCAAUGUACACGCCCUUCAAUAUAUUAUGACCCACCUUAUGUGAUCUUUUAGCUAAGCUGACGUUAAUUUACGUCCUUUAUACUUAAAUAUCAUUAAUAUGUACCUACUACAGAACUUGCCGAAACAGUUCCAAAUGCAAAUCCUUGAGUCCUAUUUUAUUCAUAGUGAAACUUUACUUUUUGUUAAAUAAUUGUUUAAUUUAUUAUUUAGAUAAUAUGAUUAUUUUGUAAUGUUUACAUGUUUGUUCUCUUACGAUCCGUUCUAUUGUAGUAUAUAAAAUAUUAUAGUUAAUGUUCGACUCUAAAUAGAAUUAAAAAAAAUUAAGCAUUUUCUUAUUACGUUCAUCUGAAUUUUUUGUUUCUAGUUGAAUACAUGUUUUAUUUAAGGUCCUUCCGACGAGCGAGUUUGUGAUCUAUGUCUUAGAUAUUUUAAAUUUAGAUAUUACAAAAAAAUUUUGGUGCUAAUAUUGUCUUCUUGACAUUAUUCUUUUUUGGUAUAUGACAAACUCGUUCAAGAAGUAGUUCAAUCACUUUUUUGUUUUUUUUUUUUAUCAUGGUGUAAUUAAUUACUCAUUGAACAAAUAAAUCUUAAUAUAUUUUA